GAUGCGCAAUGCAUCGGUGUCGAUAAAACCAGAUCAGCAAUACACCAGUGUCAACCAUGAAGGCUGCACGCCUUGUUGCGACUUUUGCUCUUAUUUUCGUUUCCCUUAAUGGAAGUCAAGCAGCUAAGCCACACAUUGUGUUCAUAGUUGCGGAUGAUCUGGGCUGGAACGAUGUUGGUUUCCGUAAUCCACAGGUUCUGACGCCACACCUGGACAAGUUGGCCAAAGCUGGAGUCAUCCUAAACUCCUCCUAUGUGCAGCCCGUGUGCUCGCCAUCCAGAAACUGCUUCAUGUCGGGGUACUUCCCCUACCACACUGGACUACAGGACGGCGUCAUCAGAGCAACCUCUCCUGCAUUUGUUCCCAUUAAGUUCACCUUCCUCCCUCAGAAGUUAAAGGAACUAGGAUAUAGCACCCAUGCUGUUGGGAAGUGGCAUUUAGGCUUCUGCAACUUGAAAUACACCCCGACCUACCGUGGGUUUGACACCUUCGUUGGAUUUUACAUUGGUGGUGAAGACUAUUUCAAGCACACAAGAAAAUUUGAUAAAUAUUUUGGAUAUGAUCUACGCUUUAACACUACCGUAUAUACGGAACCGGAGGGUAAAUAUUCAACGCGCGUGUUUGCAGAAAGAGCAGUUGAUAUAAUUAAAUCUCACGAUACGGACACGCCACUUUAUUUGUAUCUGCCGUUUCAAGCAGUACACGAACCUCUGGAAGUUCCCCCUGAGUAUGAGAAUUUGUACAAGCAUAUCAAGAGCAUGGAACGAAGGACCUAUUGCGGUAUGAUCAGUGCUCUUGAUGAAGCUGUUGCUAACAUCACAAAUGCUUUAGAGGAAACGGGACUCAUUGACAACUUGCUGCUGGUGUUUACGACUGACAAUGGCGGGCCUUAUUGGCGUUCUGCAAACAACCUUCCUCUACGUGGAGCUAAAGCGACACUAUGGGAAGGUGGGACGAAAGGAACUGCUUUCAUCUACAGUAAAACCCUUCUGAAGAAGACGGGCUACCUCAACACUGGAAUGAUGCAUGCUGUAGACUGGUACCCGACCUUUGUGGAGCUGGCUGGUGGAGAGAACACAGACCCCAACAUGGACGGGAUAAGUCAGUACGACAUGCUCAUCAAUGGUGGCCCGAGUAAGAGAAAAGAGUUCGUCUACAACAUCUAUGACAAGUCCAACUCCUCAGCAAUUAGAUAUGGUGACCUGAAACUGAUGCGAGGUUCACCGGGAUCUCACAAUGAUUGGAAUCCUCUUCCACAGUCUGGCGAGGGACCAGAUGACCCUCCCCAGGAAAAGAAGGACAAGUUUCCUCCAUAUAUGUUGUACAAUAUCACUUCCGACCCAACUGAACAUUUCGACCUCUCUGCUAAGCACCCCGAGCUUGUAGCGAUGAUGAAACAACGCCUUGAGAACUGGGAGAAGACGCGAGUACCAGCUUAUCAACCACCAGCUGACCCUAAAUCAAACCCAGAUCUCUAUGGAGGCAACUGGAGCCCAGGGUGGUGCUGAAUAUUUUGUUUGGCGAACAAAAACCUAAUUUCAUUGACAAUCGGCGAAAAGAAAGUGAUUGAUGCUCUUGAACCUCAUCCCAUCGAUUGUUAUGUUGUAAUUACUUGUUUAUUUAUCUUUUAGUGGCAAGCCAUAGUAUCAAUGAAGCCAUGUCUGCCGUAUCGAUUUCAACUUGUUUAUUCUUUCAUUUUGACAAUUCGUACCUUACAAGCACCUGGACCUAAAAGUCGCAUUGGAAGUAUAUGUAGAUUGACGCCCAUAAGUCUUCAUUCAUACGUUAAUGUCUUGGUCUUCUUUAUACGAUCAAGUUUCGACAUAGCGAGGACGGAUAUUGUAUCGGUAACUAUAUACCAUCAGUAUUAACGAACAGCAUUGCUGAUGUCGGAUGCAGUCAUGUGAGUAGCCACCUAUAAAAACGAGAGCUGAUUUUUCUUUAUUUUCAUAGUAAUGUCGGAGUUAUUCUUUGCAUCAGGGGUGGAGUAGAUUUAUUCAUACUUUUAUAUCAAUUGUUGAAUAAUAUUUAUGGAUCCGUAUUGUUAAACUACUUGAUUUUUUGUAUCGAAAUUCAACUAAAGAAUACAGUAAACUACGGUUAUAACGAACACGCUUAUAACGAACUGACGGAUAUAGCGAACUUACUUUUUGGUCCCGACUAUUUGCUGUAGUUAUGCUGUAUAUAUGCUUAUAACGAACUACGGUUAUAACGAACUAAAAUUAGUAGUCCCUUUGGGUUCGUUAUAACCGUACUUUACUCUAAUAUAUCUUUUCAAGUAAAGUGGUGCAACAACAACACACUACUUUGUGUCCUUUUCCAUGCUAUCUGUACUAACGGAAAAAAGUAACUGUACUUCAUAUAGAAGUACAUCUAAAUAAAUAUAUUCUGAAAUAAAACUAUGCAUCUUUUAAUACAUAUUCAUAGAGACAUUUCCUCGACUUUAAAGUCGUGAUUCACAAUUUGCACGUGCAUGUUAAUGCACGGCGCCCUACUACCUGAUUUGUUGAAUAGCAAUCUAUAUAAAGAAGAAAGCUUUACAAGUAACGUAAAUACAAUUCCGUGUCCUUUAUCGUGUUAUCUAUAUCUAUAUGUAAUUAUAAACGACCAAACUCUUUCCAUAUUCAUAACAAAGAUCUGCCUAAAGCAGAGUCGAUUGUACGAUUCCGACUAUAUCAUGAGCAUGUGUUUAUGAAUCGCUACGACAUAAUGAUGAUACCAGGUGUAGCCUGCCCCACCGAUGGCACCCGCCACAAACACAUGCAAAGGCAAGGCAGAUGUUCAACCUGAAAAAUCAGUUUUGUUACUGAUGCGUCAAAUCUGGAAAUGUCUUCCACAUGUCCACAUUAAACACUUUUUGCAAACUUUAGUGAGGCCUUGAAUGUUGUAACCUUGAUCAAACAACUUCUGACUAAGAGUCGUUUAUAGACAACACUUUACGAGUGACGAGGACUGAAUGGUUAUCUGUCCCGAAUGAAAUUAAAGUUGUAAGUCCCGAACCAAUUAAUUUUGGCGAUAAAUAAACAUUUUGAUUCAUGUAUAAUAGUACAAGAAUGAAUUCAAAAUGACUUGGCAUUGUUGAAACAAAUUUCAAACACGUGUCGAUAGUGUUCCGUCAUCAACCUCAAAGUCACUAGCUCCCAUGACUACGAAAAGAAAACCAAAACUCCUAUCGGUCUGAACAUUCUAAACAACAACAAACUGUGUAAAAUGAUUCUACAACAAGUAAGGUUUAUUUGACUCUUUCAAGUGAGCAUAUGUCUUACUUUUUGUGGGACGGUCGGGUAGCCUAGUGGUUAAAGCGUUCGCUCGUCACGCUGAAAACCCGGGUUCGAUUCCCGACAUGGGUACAAUGUGUGAAGCCCAUUUCUGGUGUCCCCCGCCGUGAUAUUGCUGGAAUAUUGCUAAAAGCGGCGUAAAACCAUACUCACUCACUCACUCACUUACUUUUUGUAACAACAGUCAAUGUCGUUGUCUUUCGAUCUCUCUCCUGCUGUUAUAGAAUUCGUUUUAUACCGCGACUACGUUAUUGCCCAUUAUAAGAUAUCCAUGUGUUAUUGUUUUUAUUUAUUUCUGAAAUGCCUUGCAUUUAGUAUACAACGAGGGACUUGUGGUUCAGCCAUACGCUUAAAUUGUUCACUGGCUGUGUAAUGUUCACUAUUCUUCCAACCGAAUUUCCGUAAAUUUUCACAAGAUCGUUCACUUUUAUCGGGGAAAGGAAUGUUGACACUGCUGUUUACGUGCAGGGAUAGCACACGGUACAGUCAAUCACAUUACUGUACGUACAAAUCUUAAUUAGAUUUAAUGUUUUGUGUGCAUUAUCGUAAACAACAUGUGUUAAUGGAUAAAUAAAAAAUAUAUAUUUAGACUGCCUCAUGUCGAAGAUUUUAAAUCACAAAUCUUUUAUGGCAGAAACUUGUUUGUGGGAAAAAGAUGAAUGAACAUGAUGAAUGGGGAAAAAGUAGUUCCGGCAAUGCGUCAUUAACCAAUGAAGUCAUAGGAUUUCUCAAACGGCCAAUCGGCAUUAAGCGAUGAGCUGAUUUAUCCAUAUGUUCAGAGUAAUCAGGGAUGGAGUACAUUUCAUUAAUUGUUGAAUUUAUUUAUAUAUCCGGAUUGUGAAACUACUUGAUUUGUUGUAUAGCAAUUCAUAUAUAACAACAAGAAACUUGCCCUUAAUGCCGAGUGGAAUCUGUUUCGAAAGAAAAUCUAGUCUGAUUAUUUUCGUGCAUUGAUAUUUUAUAUUCACUCGUAAAGUAGUCUGGUAACUAUGGUGCAUUGAUAAUUUAUAUUUACUGCUAAAGUGGUACCACCAAAAUACAUACGUUCGUGUCCUUUAUCGUGUCAUAUAUACUAGCGGAAAAAAGUAACUGUGCUUCAUAUAGAGUUCAAUAAAAAAAUAUUCUGAAAUUA